UCACCUACCCCGACUCGUCACCCACCCCUGUCGCUGGUCUGGGGCGGGGCUGCCUCCGAGGGGCAGGACGGGUUUAUAUAGCGGCCGGGUGGCGCCAGCAAAACUUUAGUUUGUUGGAGUUUGGGGCUUCGGCUGCAGGGCGCGAGCGGGAGCAGAGGCUGCAGAGUGUCCGGCCGAGCGAGCGAUGGAGCCCAGCGUGGAUUUCCAGAUGUCUUCUGAAGUCUUGAUUGAUCUGUCGAACAGUACUGAUGAAUCAGGAUCAGGUGAUGAUGGGGACUACCAGGAGGUGUGUUUGGAGCAGAACAAGGCUGAUUUCAACCGGAUUUUCUUGCCCACAAUUUACUCCAUCAUUUUCUUGAUGGGAAUAGUUGGCAAUGGCUUGGUUAUUGUUGUUAUGGGCUACCAGAAGAAGCUCAGGAGCAUGACUGACAAAUACAGGCUACACCUCUCUGUGGCUGACCUUCUCUUUGUCAUCACUCUGCCCUUCUGGUCUGUGGAUGCUGUAAUCAGCUGGUACUUUGGGAAUGCCUUGUGCAAAGUGGUCCAUAUAAUUUACACCGUCAACCUUUAUAGCAGCGUCUUGAUCUUGGCCUUCAUAAGCUUAGACCGGUACCUGGCAAUUGUGCAUGCUACCAACAGCCAGAGACCUAGGAAGUUGUUGGCUGAGAGAAUUAUCUACGUAGGGGUUUGGCUACCGGCUGUGGUUUUGACUGUGCCUGAUAUGAUCUUUGCAACAACGAAAGAUGAUGGCGGGAAAUUCUUGUGCCAACGAUUUUACCCUCAUGAUGACUGGCUGAUUUCUUUCAGGUUUCAACACAUUUUAGUUGGACUUGUCUUGCCCGGUCUUAUAAUUUUGACGUGCUACUGUAUUAUCAUCUCUAAGCUGUCACACUCAAAAGGCCAUCAGAAGCGCAAAGCUUUGAAAACCACCGUCAUCCUCAUACUUGCCUUCUUUGCCUGCUGGUUGCCUUACUACAUUGGCAUCAGCACAGACACCUUUAUCCUGCUUGGACUCAUCAAGAAUGGCUGCAACUUUGAGGCAAUGGUGAACAAAUGGAUCUCUAUCACAGAAGCCCUAGCAUAUUUCCACUGUUGCUUGAAUCCCAUCCUUUAUGCUUUUCUGGGUGCCAAAUUCAAGACAUCAGCCCAGAAUGCUUUAACCUCCGUUAGCAGAGGAUCAAGCCUGAAAAUCCUUUCCAAAAGCAAACGGGGACACUCUUCGGUUUCAACGGAGUCAGAGUCUUCCAGUUUCCAUUCCAGCUAACAGAAUUUUCCCUUACUACAGUAUCUAUAAAGAUAUGGGACUCUCUUUAAAAUCAGUUUGGCAAGAUUUUGGAAGGGGAAACUCCUCCAAGAUCACCUACAAGUUUAUUCCCGGUUGGGAUUGUAUAUAUUUGUUUGUAGUGUUUUGUUGAAUUUAAUGGAUGUAUUUAUAAAACAAAUUGACAUGUUGUCCAGAGAGAGUGUCUAGGCAGAACCUGUGAAUAAGUGAGUAGGUGAGAAAGUUUUAUUGCUUGCCUGUCAACUAAGUUUUAUUGCUUGCCUGUGUUGGAACUAAAACACUUUUAGAGCAUAGCAUAGCUGAUGUGCCUGAGUUCUUUGUAAAUGAAGUAUUUCCAGCAUACCCAUUUGAAAGAAGGCUUCAUUUCUCUGGAUGUUUAGGAGUCUGUCCUACAUUGCAUAAGCUGUUUUGGUUUACACUAGUUGAAUUUAAUUGUAUUGCAUGGAUGAAACCACACCCUGCAAUGGCAGUGGCAGAACACAUUGGACUGAAAGCAGCUGGCUUGCACCCAGUGGCACUUACAACCAAAGUAUUUUCUGUCGAUGUUUUUUUCAAUAACAAACUGGUUUGUAAACUUCUGCCUUGUAAAAUUGUAAAUAAAAGCAUGUGGUCAAGUCUA